AUAUCAAAUGUUUAUGAAACCUCUGCCUAUUUUCUUUCUCUACUGAUCUGGUACGACUGCAAAACCUACACCAACACCACAUCGGACAAGCAAACGGAAUAAAUUCUACUGACAGAUCGGUCACUACUAAGGCCAGUGAUCUCAUGGACAGCAGCCCCCUAAGGAACAUUGGAAGAGGCAAACAUGGCAAAAUCAAGAAACCACGUGGGGGACUUCUUGGAGGAGUUCAGAGAGCAGAUCAUUGCGCAGGUGAGAUUAUCUGGGCCCAUAGCAGACGCUGUGAUCUCACAACAUCUUAUCCCAGAAGAGCUGGCACACAGCGUCCGUGCAGCCCAGACCACACAAGACCAGAUGAGGGCUCUGUUUGAAGCCGUAGAGAGAGAGACACCUCAAACCAAACGUGCAUUCCAUCUGAUAUUGAAACGGAAAGAGCCUGAACUCAUGGACAAGCUAGAGCAGAGACAACGAAACAGUAAGAUGACACAGACAGGAUUGGAUCAAAGGUAUGGAGAUACCACAACAUUAGAGGACAAGACAACACCAAAACUUGGCAUACAGACAAAAAAGGAAUCUCUUAAGAGACGAAGACAAGAAACAAUGCAAGCAAUUGAGGAGAUUGAAAAACUUUGGGAGGGGUCAAGAUGGGAGAGAAAUGAAACGAACUACAUGAAAGCAAAGAUUAAGCAACAACAAGAUGAAAUAGAAAGGCUAAUGGCUGAGAAACAAGAGCAAAACACAACGAUGGAGCUGAUGAGGAUGGAGAUACAGAAUGUGAAUGAAAACCUGAAACAGAACAUGGAGGAAUUAAAUGUAGAGAAAGACAGAAUACGACAAUUGUGGGCUGAUGUCCAAACAGAGAAAGACAUUCUGGAGAGAAGACACAAUGAGACCAUUAACGAGAGACAGAGUUUGGAAUUGAUCAAGUAUGAGACAUUGAGAGCAAAAGAGGAGAUGGAGCACUGCAAGGAAACUACAAAACAAGAGCAGGAGAAAAUGGAACAGAUUAAGGCUGACAUUCAGGGACAGAUAGAGGACAUGGAAAUAAGAAUUGCAGAAACCAAUCAAGUAAAAGAAAAAAUGGAAGCGAUGAAGGCCGAUGUACACCGGGAGCAAGGUCAGCUGGAGACAAAAAGAGAGGACAUUAAAAGACAAAAAGAACAAUUUGAGCAGAUUAAAUGUGAGAUAGACAAAGUAAAAGAAGAGAUGGAUCGAAGGUGGUAUGAAACUGAGAAAGAAGAGCUUGAGCAGAGAGCUAGGAUCCAGCAAGAGAAAGAGGAACUUGCAAAUGUAAAAGCUGAGCUGCAGAGAGCUAAAGAGGAGGUUGAUCAACACAGGGAGAAGACGAAGCAAGAGAAGGACCUGGUCAACAAAAUGAAAGCAGAGAUUCUUCGAGACAAGGAUUCACUUGAGAAGGACAAACAAGAAACAUUAAGAAAACAAAAGGAGUUGGAGCAGAUCAAGUAUACGAUUCAAAUGGACAAAGAGGAGAUUGAGCAAAACAGAGAGGAAGCAAAGCGAGAGAAUGAUAAGAUGGAACAGAGGGAAGCUGAACUGCAGAGACAAGUGGAAAAGAUCGAGAGAAAAAUUGAGGAGACAAAGCAAGAACAUGACCGAAUGGAAAACGUAAAAGCAGAGAUACAGAGGACGAAAGAAGCACUGGAGAAACAAAAAGAUGACACCAGGAGAGUGAAGGAGGAAAUGGAAAAAAGAAGGUAUGAGACUGUCAAGGAGGAGCUGGAGCAGAGAGCUGAAAUACAGAGACAGAGAGAAGAAGUGGAAAUGCUAAAGUCUGAAAUGCAGAAAGCCAAGGGCGUUGAAAAAAUACGAGAAAACCGAGCGAGAGAGGAAGCCAAAAAGUGGAGUGAAGAAGUAAAGCGACAGAGAGAUGGGAUCAAACAAUUGAGAGCUGAAGUUCAGAAGGAAAAAGACAACGUGGAGAGGAAAAAGCAAGAGACAAUGAGAGAGAGACAAGAAUUGGAGAGGAUUCAUUUUGAAACACUGAGAAUGAAAGAGGAGAAUGAGCAAAGCAGGGAGAUCACAAAACGAGAAAAGGACCAAAUGGAGCAGAUGAAAGUUAAUAUACAGAGACAGAUAGAAGAUAUCGAAGAUAAAGUUACAGAGACAAAACGAGCAAAAGACAAAAUUGAAGAAGUUAAAGCAGAGAUACAGAGACAACGUGAAGAUCUGGAGAGUAGAAGGGAAAAGACAGAGAAAGAGAGAGAGCAUUAUGAAGAGGUUAAGUAUGAGAUAACUCAAUUGAAAGAGGACAUGGAAAGGAAAUGGUGUGAAACAGAGAAAGAAGAGGUGGAACAGAGAGCAAGAGCACAGCAAGAGAAGGAAACACUUGAAAGGUUGACGGAGGAAAAACAGGAAGUGCGAGAGGAAAUAGAAAGAAACAAGGUGGAAACGCAACGAGAAAGAGAAAACCUGGAAAAAAUGAAAGCCAGUGUAAAAGACGAGAAAAACAUUGCAGAGAAAAUAUCCGAAGAGGCCAAACUAAAGAAUGAGGACUUAAUGGAAAUGGAGCGUAAACUUCAGGAAGAAAGGGAAGAGAUCAAGAGGAGCACGCAAGUCACAAAGCAAGAGAAGGAAGAGAUCGUAGAGAUGAAGGCUGAACUCCAAAGACAGAUGGCAGAAAUAGAGAACCGUGUGAAGGAGGCAAACAGAGCAAAAUAUGAGGUGGAUCAGGCAAAGGUGGUCGUACAAAAAGUGGAGUCCCAGCUGAAAAAGCAAAGAGAUGAGGCUGGAAGAGUAAAAGAUGAAAUUGAGAAACAGAGAUAUGAAGCAGUGAAAGAACAGCUUGAACAACGAGCUGAAAUCCAAAGGGAAAGAGAAAUGUUGGAGAAAAUAAGAGAUGAGUUAGAGAGAGCUAAAGAAGAUUCCGAAGAAAUACAGCUUCAGAACGAAAAAGGGGACUUACAAAAGAAGAUGGAUGAAACAAAGCAAGAGAGGGAGAUGCUUGAGCAAAUAAAAACGGAGGUUUUGUCAGAAAGGGCCAUAUUGAAAAGACAAAUCCAUGAAAGCGCAAGAGAAAGAGAGGACUUGCAAUUGCUUCGGUGUGAGACCCUGAAGAAAAAGCAGGAGUUUGAGAAAAAGAAGGAUGAAGCUGUCAUGGAAGAGCUUGAAGGGAGAGCUGAAAUGCAGAGAGAUAGAGAGGAGAUAGAGAGAACCAAGAAGAAAAUAGAAAGGGAGUUAAAACAAGGCAGGGAUGCCACGAGUCUAGAGAGAGACGAAGUCGAACGGAUGAAGGUUGAAAUACAGAACCAGCACGAGGAAAUGACAAGAUCCAUUGAGAGGACAAAGCAAGCCAGACACGAGAUGGAACAGAUGAAAGAUGAAAUUCAGAGAGAAAAACAACUUUUGGAGAGAAUAAGGGAAGAAACAAUAAGAGAGAAAGAACCCUAUGAAAAGGUCAAGUAUGAGCUAAACAGAGUAAAAGAAGAGAUGGAAAAACUCUGGGACGAGGUACAGAGGGACGAACAGCAAGACAGAGCCAAACUGCAGAGAGAAAAUGUGGAGUUGAAUAAGAGAAUGGAGGAAAUUAACAAAGAGAUUAACCAGAUUGAAACAAUUAAAUUUGACCUAGAGAGACAGAGAGAGGAGAUUGAAGCAAGGAUGGAGAAGACAAAGAGAGAGAUGGACAAGCUGGAACAGACGAAGGCUGAAAUACAAAGACAGAAAGAGGACAUUGAAAACAAGAUGGCAAAAACAAAGAGUGAGAAAGAGGAGAUGGAAAGGAUCAAAUCUGAGAUACAGAAGCAGAAAGAGGAAAUUGAAAACAAAAUGCAACAGGCAAAGACAGAAAUGGAUGAGAUGAAAAGUGUGAGGGAAGAUAUUCAGAGACAGAGACAAGAGAUCGAGAACAUGAUGCAAAAGGCCAAGAGAGAGAUUGGAGAGAUGGAACUAGUGAAGACUGAGAUGCAAAGGAAGAAAAAGGACCUUGAACAGAUGAUGAGAAAGACUACGAGAAGAAAGGAAGAAAUGGAAAAGAUGAAGGAUGAAAUAGAGAGAGCGGAAGAAGAUAUGGAACAAAGAAGGGAAGAGACCAAAAGGGAGAGAGAUGCAAUUGAACAGGCGAAGGCUGAAAUAGAAAGAGCAAAAGAGGAACUGGAGAUUCGUCUGGAAGAGAGCUUUAGAGAUAUUGACGAGAAGGAACAGAUGAACGCUGAGAUACAGAGAUUAAUCCAAGAGGUAGAGCGAACGAGAGAAAUGGUACGACAAACAAAAGUGGCAAUGGAAAACAGGAUGGAAGAAAGCAAUAUGGAGAUGGGUGACAAAGACAGAGUGAAUGCUGUAAUCCAGAGAUUGAUUCUAGAGGUGGAACAAACCAGAGAGGUGUUAAGAAGGGUGAAAGAAGAAAUGGAACAGAGCAAGGAGGAGUUAAAAGGGGAAAAGGACAAAAUCAGACUGAUGAAGACGGAGACACAAAAAAGAAAAAAAGAGCUGGAGCAAAGGAUGGAGAAGAUCAUGCGAGAAAGGGAUGAGUUAGAACUGGUGAAGUCAAAGAUACAGAGACAAAAGGAAGAGCUGAAACAGAAGAUGGAAGAUGUAAAGACUGAGAGUGAAAAGAUGGAACAGAUGAAAGAUGAAAUACAGAGAGCGGUUGCAGAGAUAGACCUGGCAAGGGAGGAGAUACAAAGAGAAAAAAGGAAGAUUAAAGAGGACAAUGCAAGGAAAGAGAAGGAUAUGAUGGAGUCUAUGAAAGCUGAGCUUGACAGACAGAAAGAGGAAAAAAACAGAAUGAAAAAGGAAAUGCCAAUGAUGAAGACCAUGGUCCAGAGACCACAGGAUGAAACAGAAAGGACCUAUCUUGGAGAUAUGACAACUGAGAUCCCAUUUGAGUCACAAGAGCUAAGAACCGCCAUUGAAAAAGAAAGACGAGACUUGGAGCGCAGAGAGAAAAUGAUUAUGAGAGAGAAGUAUGACCUGGAAAAGUCAAAAGCCGAGUUUGAGAAGGAAAAGGCUGAGAUGGAAAACAUGAUCACAAAACAACGAGAGGAGGACAGACAAAUGAUUGAGGACAUAGAAAAGAAAAAAGAAAAUCUCAAGCAAAUGGAUGCAGAGAUGCAAAGAAAAAUACAGGUAAUCGUGAGGGAGGUGCAAUAUAAAAAACAAAAGAUGCAGCACUUUAAAAAAGCCAAAGAUAAGUUUAAACAAACGCAGGUUAAAUUUAGCAAAGAGAAAAUUGAAAUGGGAAACAUCAAAAAGGCUACCGUGGCGGAAAGAAAUAAAUUAGCAGUAGAGCAAGCUUACAUAGAGAAACGUAAGGAGGAGAUGGAAGCCAUCCUUGAAAGGACAAAGAAGGAGAAGGAAGAUCUGCUGAACUUAAAAGCUCAAAUAGAGGGACGGAAAGAAGACAGAGACGAAUGGGGUGAAAGCCUGAACAGGGAAAGAAAGGAACUAGAAUAUCUGAAAAGUAAGAUGCAAAAAGAAAAAGAGGAUACGAUAAGAAACAGGAAGAUUUCUGAAAAAGAGAAAAAGGACUUGGAGCUGAUGAGAUCUGAGACGCAGAAAGAAAAGGGGAAGGUGGAACAAGAGAAGCUUAAGGUACAAGUGGAGAGAGAAAAGCUUGAACAAAUGAAACUGGAGUUACAGAGGAAGUCCAACGACCUAGAUAUGAUCAUAGAAGACACAAAGAGGGAGAAAGUCAGCGCAUCACCAAUUCCUGUCCAAAUACAACAACAAAAGAACGAAAUUGAUUGUUUGGUGGAGGAGACAAAGAGGAGUAAAAUCGAAGAAGAAUUGAUGAGCGCUGAAAUAAAAAGACAGAAAGAGGAGAUAGACGGCAAACAAGACAUUCUAUCGAAGGAGAGAGAAGAUCUGAAUAAACUCAGAACAGAGGUAAACAAUCAGAGAGAAGAGAUUGAAAAUAUCAUGAAAGAGGAAAUUAAAGAAAAGUCUCUAAUUAAUCAGACAAAGGCAGAGAUGGAACAAGAGAGAUGUGAGUUGGACAGAAAAAAGAAAAUGAUAGAGCAGAAUAUGGAUGAGCUAGAGCAGAGAAAGUGUGAGAUGAGAAAAGUAGAAAACAUAAUUGUCGAACUUAGAAAAGAAGAAGAGAGUAUAACGAAUGAGAUGAACAGGAUGAGAAAGAACACAGAGCAGACAAUGUUUGAAAUACAGAGACGGUCUGAAGACAUAAAUCAGCUAAUGGAUGAGACAAGAAGGGAGAGGGGGAAGGUUGAAGAACUGGCUAUCCAAACUCAAAAACAAAGAGAAGAAAUGGUGGGUUUAAUGGAAAAGAACAAACAAAAGCAGAACGAACUGGAACUCAUGAAUGACAAGAUUGAAAGAGAGAAACAAGACAUCGAAGAAAGUCGGGAUGUGCUAACAAAGGAGAGAGAGGAGCUGGAACAAAUGAGGAAUGAGACACAGCAACAGAGAGAGGAGACAGAAUCUCACAUGGAAGACCAAAGGAAAGAGAAAGAACAUUUGGAACAAAUGACGAUGGACAUGAAAAAACAGUUGCUAGAGGUGGAUAAUGACAAGGAAAUGAUCGAAAGCUCAAUGGGUGAACUGAGAGUGAAAGAGGCAGAAAUGGUGAGAGAAAAGGAGAACAUGGAAAAGAAGAUGGCUAGACUCAAAGAGGAAGAGGAUAGAAUGCGGGACGAAAUAGGAAGGAAGAUGGACAACUUAAAGCAGGAAAGUUAUGAAAUCAAAAGACUUAGAGAUGAAAUUGACAGUGAAAAGAACCAACUGAAUGCAAAAUUGCUUGAGUUGGAAAAAAUGCGUGAAGAACUAGAUAGAGAGAAGAAGGAAGUGAAAGACAAGAAGGAUGAAACACUGAAAGAAAAAGAUCAGUUGGAAGAGAGGCGAGGUAAGAUAAGUAAGGAGAAAGAGGAAUUGGAUAUCAGUCUUGAACUGAUGAAAAGACAAAGGGAAGACUUGACGAGCUUGAAGGCUGAAGCAGAAGCACAGACCGAGCCUAUGGAAAAUGACUGGAAGGAACAGCUCACGAAGGAAAGACAACAACUUGAAGAUGUAAAGGAGGAGAUACAGAAGGAAAAAGAAGCCUUUGAGAGAAAAAAGGGAUUGACUAUGAAAGAGAGAGAUGAGUUUGAUCUGAUGAAGUCUGAAACCCAGGGACAAUUGGAGGAAAUGGAACAAAACAAACAAGACAUUCGUGUGGAGAUGGAAAAGCUGGAUCAGAUCAAAGCUGAGUUAGAAAGACGGUCUGAAGACAUAAAUAGGGUCAUGGAUGAGACAAGAAGGGAGAGGGGGAAGGUUGAAGAACUGGCUAUCCAAACUCAAAAACAAAGAGAAGAAAUGGUGGGUUUAAUGGAAAAGAACAAACAAAAGCAGAACGAACUGGAACUCAUGAAUGACAAGAUUGAAAGAGAGAAACAAGACAUCGAAGAAAGUCGGGAUGUGCUAACAAAGGAGAGAGAGGAGCUGGAACAAAUGAGGAAUGAGACACAGCAACAGAGAGAGGAGACAGAAUCUCACAUGGAAGACCAAAGGAAAGAGAAAGAACAUUUGGAACAAAUGACGAUGGACAUGAAAAAACAGUUGCUAGAGGUGGAUAAUGACAAGGAAAUGAUAGAAAGCUCAAUGGGUGAACUGAGAGUGAAAGAGGCAGAAAUGGUGAGAGAAAAGGAGAACAUGGAAAAGAAGAUGGCUAGACUCAAAGAGGAAGAGGAUAGAAUGCGGGAAGAAAUAGGAAGGAAGAUGGACAACUUAAAGCAGGACAGUUAUGAAAUCAAAAGACUUAGAGAUGAAAUUGACAGUGAAAAGAACCAACUGAAUGCAAAAUUGCUUGAGUUGGAAAAAAUGCGUGAAGAACUAGAUAGAGAGAAGAAGGAAGUGAAAGACAAGAAGGAUGAAACACUGAAAGAAAAAGAUCAGUUGGAAGAGAGGCGAGGUAAGAUAAGUAAGGAGAAAGAGGAAUUGGAUAUCAGUCUUGAACUGAUGAAAAGACAAAGGGAAGACUUGACGAGCUUGAAGGCUGAAGCAGAAGCACAGACCGAGCCUAUGGAAAAUGACUGGAAGGAACAGCUCACGAAGGAAAGACAACAACUUGAAGAUGUAAAGGAGGAGAUACAGAAGGAAAAAGAAGCCUUUGAGAGAAAAAAGGGAUUGACUAUGAAAGAGAGAGAUGAGUUUGAUCUGAUGAAGUCUGAAACCCAGGGACAAUUGGAGGAAAUGGAACAAAACAAACAAGACAUUCGUGUGGAGAAGGAAAAGCUGGAUCAGAUCAAAGCUGAGUUAGAAAGACGGUCUGAAGACAUAAAUCAGGUCAUGGAUGAGACAAGACGGGAGAGGGGGAAGGUUGAAGAACUGGCUAUCCAAACUCAAAAACAAAGAGAAGAAAUUGUGGGUUUAAUGGAAAAGAACAAAGAAAAGCAGAACGAACUGGAACUCAUGAAUGACAAGAUUGAAAGAGAGAAACAAGACAUCGAAGAAAGUCGGGAUGUGCUAACAAAGGAGAGAGAGGAGCUGGAACAAAUGAGGAAUGAGACACAGCAACAGAGAGAGGAGACAGAAUCUCACAUGGAAGACCAAAGGAAAGAGAAAGAACAUUUGGAACAAAUGACGAUGGACAUGAAAAAACAGUUGCUAGAGGUGGAUAAUGACAAGGAAAUGAUAGAAAGCUCAAUGGGUGAACUGAGAGUGAAAGAGGCAGAAAUGGUGAGAGAAAAGGAGAACAUGGAAAAGAAGAUGGCUAGACUCAAAGAGGAAGAGGAUAGGAAUGCGGGAAGAAAUAGGAAGGAAGAUGGACAACUUAAAGCAGGACAGUUAUGAAAUCAAAAGACUUAGAGAUGAAAUUGACAGUGAAAAGAACCAACUGAAUGCAAAAUUGCUUGAGUUGGAAAAAAUGCGUGAAGAACUAGAUAGAGAGAAGAAGGAAGUGAAAGACAGGAAGGAUGAAACACUGAAAGAAAAAGAUCAGUUGGAAGAGAGGCGAGGUAAGAUAAGUAAGGAGAAAGAGGAAUUGGAUAUCAGUCUUGAACUGAUGAAAAGACAAAGGGAAGACUUGACGAGCUUGAAGGCUGAAGCAGAAGCACAGACCGAGCCUAUGGAAAAUGACUGGAAGGAACAGCUCACGAAGGAAAGACAACAACUUGAAGAUGUAAAGGAGGAGAUACAGAAGGAAAAAGAAGCCUUUGAGAGAAAAAAGGGAUUGACUAUGAAAGAGAGAGAUGAGUUUGAUCUGAUGAAGUCUGAAACCCAGGGACAAUUGGAGGAAAUGGAACAAAACAAACAAGACAUUCGUGUGGAGAAGGAAAAGCUGGAACAGAUCAAAGCUGAGUUAGAAAGACGGUCUGAAGACAUAAAUCAGGUCAUGGAUGAGACAAGACGGGAGAGGGGGAAGGUUGAAGAACUGGCUAUCCAAACUCAAAAACAAAGAGAAGAAAUUGUGGGUUUAAUGGAAAAGAACAAAGAAAAGCAGAACGAA